AUGGGGCGGAAAGUCUCACCGUUGUUGUCCAGCAAACGGUGCCCUUCGCCGACGGUGAGCGGCGCCGAGUUCGAAGCCGGCAGCUGGAUGAGCGGCACCUUGCUGGUGCUGGCGUUCAGCCCCAAUCGCGACGCCAUCGGCCGCGUUCUCCUUCUCCGUCGUCCUUCUCGCUCUCGACGACCACGGCUUUCUCACACCUUUCGAGGAGGAGGGGAUAAGCGAAGGGCUUUUGUCGCCGGAGACCUGACUCUUGUACUCCACGCCGCUAUUCUUCUGCAAAAACUUGGUCGGACGUACGAACGGACACGGUGA